AUGCGUUCCGCAGCAGCUGCAGCGCAGCAGCAGCAGCAGAUAACAGCUGAGGAGCCUGACGAGGACGGCCCCAAUUUGUUUUUCACUGCAGCAGACAUCAAAGCGAAUCCAGCGGAUUCAGAGCAGCAGCGGGGGAGGCGGCGGAGAGCAGCAGCAGCAGCAGCAGCUGCUGCUGCUGCUGCUAAUCCUGCUGCUGCAGCAGCAGCAGCAGCAGCAAAGCAGCAGCAGCAGCAGCAGCAGCAGCAACAGCAGCAGCAGCAACAGGAGCAGUAG